GUAGCCUCAGCGCGGAUUUUGCGUUGUUGUCCCGCUUCUCUUGCCGUACCAAGGAAGGGGCGGGAAGAGAGAGAGGUCACGGAAGCGUUGCAUGCUGGGUAAACACGUGUAGCAGGAGAGCAGAGAGGUGACGCACAGCUUGGCCACCAUGUCGUCCAACAAGAAGCAGGACGGCGACGAGCGCUUCGUCCGGGUGCAGAAGGACCCCCGAUUCUGGGAAAUGCCGGACAGGGAGCGCAAAAUCAAGAUCGACAAGCGUUUCCAGUCCAUGUUCCAUGACAAGCGCUUCAAGGAGAAGUACACGGUGGACAAGCGAGGCCGUCCCAUCAACCACAGCACCACAGAGGACCUGAAGCGCUUCUACAAAGUCUCUGACUCCGAGGACGAAGACGAUGAGGAGGAGGAUGUGAAGAGCAAGAAGAAGCAGAAAGGGAAGGAGAAGCUGGCGAAGGAAGGAAAAGCAGAGCAGCCUGAGCGAGGGGUCCGAGUCGUGGAGGAAGACGAUGAAGACGAUGAGGAGCAGCAGUCUGCCGAGGAGGACGAAGUUGACCUGGGAGACAGCGUGACAGGCGGCAGCGGGGAGGAUGAAGAUGACGCCGAAGAGGAGAGCGACGUGGCGAGCGGCUCAGACGGGGAGGAGUCCGGUCUGGACUCGGAGGAGGACAGCGACAGCGGGCCGGAUCUGGCCAGAGGGAAGGGAAACGUAGAGACCAGCUCCGACGAAGACGACGAUGACGAGGUGGACGACAUCCUGAGGAAAGAGGAAGAGGAGAUCGAACACGACUGGGGAGAGCUGUGCAAAGACGCCCCGCGAGGCGACCAGGUUUCUGCCCGACUGGCCGUGUGCAACACGGACUGGGACCGCCUGAAAGCCAAAGACCUGCUGGCUCUGCUCAACUCCUUCACGCCUAAAGGAGGAGCCGUGCUGUCCGUCAAGAUCUACCCAUCAGAGUUCGGGAAGGAGAGGCUGAAGACCGAGGAGACUCAGGGGCCGCUGGAGCUGAGAGCUCUGCCCGACGACUCUGAGGACGACACCGAGGAGGAGAGGGUGUACAGAGAGAAGAUGCGUGAUUACCAGUUCAAGAGGCUCAAGUAUUUCUACGCCGUGGUGGAGUGUGACUCCGUCCACACGGCCACCAAAAUCUACGAGGAGUGUGACGGCUACGAGUACGAGAGCAGCUGCUCCGUGCUGGACCUGCGGUUCAUCCCCGACGACGUCACGUUCGACGAGGAGCCCAGAGACGAGGCGACGGACGUCAACCUGUCGGCCUACACGCCCAAACUGUUCACCUCCUCCGCCACGACGACGUCAAAGGUGACGCUGACGUGGGACGAGACAGACCACGAACGUGUGAGCGCCCUGAACAGGAAGUUCAACAAGGACGAGCUGCUGGACAUGGACUUCAACGCAUACCUGGCCUCGUCCAGCGAAGAGGAGGAUGAAGAAGAAGGUCUUGGCUUUGGAGAGGAGGAGGAUGGAGAUGACGACGGCGGAUCAGGAGACCGGACGGAAGAGCCCGUCGUGGAGGUAGACAGGAAGCCCCAGGAGGAGGAAGAGAAGAAGAAGAACAAGAAGAAGAAAAGUGAGGAUCAGAUCUCCAAGUACAGAGAGCUGCUGAAAGGCAUCCAGGACAAAGAGAAGAGGCUGCAGGAAGACAAAGACAUGGAGAUGGAGAUCACCUGGGUGCCAGGGCUGAAGGAGACGACGGAGCAGCUGGUGAAGAAGAAGCUGGAGGGGAAGGACAAGCUGACGCCCUGGGAGGUUUUCUUGGAGAAGAAGAAAGACAGGAAGAAGCAGAAGAAGUCUCACCAGAAGCAGGGAGGAAAAGAGGCGGAGUCCAGCGACGACGAGCUUCCUCCAGACGUCGACCUCAGCGACCCGUUCUUCGCCGAGGAGCUCGCCGCGUCAGACGUGAAGAAGAAACAGAAGAAGAAGAAGAAGCAGGAGGAAGAGGAGCGGACAGCUGAGGAGGAAGAGCAGCUGGAGAAACAGAAGGCGGAGAUGGCGUUGCUGAUGGAGGACGAUGCCGACGAUGCCAAACACAAACACUUCAACUACGACAAGAUCGUGGAGCAGCAGAACCUGAGCAAGAAGAAGAGGAAGAAGCUGCUGAAGAAGGGGGAGGAGCCGCCAGAGCACGACGACUUCCAGGUGGACGUCAGAGACCCUCGUUUCCAGGCCAUGUUCACCUCCCACCUGUUCAACCUGGACCCGUCGCACCCCAGCUACAAGAACACCAAAGCCACGCAGAGCAUCCUCACGGAGAAGCAGCGCAGACGGGAGGAGGAGGAGCGGCGCCGGGCGGAGGACACAGUCAGAGCUCAGGAGGUCACGUCCUCACAGGAAGCAGCAGGAAACAAACGGGAAAGUGACUUUGGUGCCCCGUCAGUCGAGGCCGCCUCAAAGAAACCCAUGGACCCGAGUUUGUCUCUGCUCGUCAAGUCCAUUAAAAGCAAAACCGAGCAGUUUCAGACUCGCAAGAAACAGAAGCUCAUGUAGGCGUGACGGAAACGAACUGAGACUCAAAUCAGACCUGCUCGGAUCAGGACUGCUGGCUUUCUUCUGUGUGUCUGUGCACAAAGCAAUGAAACAUGUUUUAGUAAAAACUGACUCCUGCUGCC